UGUACUAGGCGGUCGAAUUUUCACCACACAAUACAACAAUCAAGUACACUGUCAGUUAUUACCCGCUCUCGUUAUUAUCACUGUUAAUCUACAAGUUCUAGCAGUCAGCUGUUACAAUUUUCCUAUUAUAGCAAAAUACAACACACACAACUGAGAAAAUGGAGCACUCGACGGUUCCCACAAACGGAAUUAACAUGCACAUUGCGUCCAUCGGGACUGGUCCGGCAGUUCUGCUCCUCCAUGGCAUCCCUGAGCUCUGGCAUUCCUGGCGCCACCAGAUGCUCUCUCUCUCCUCCUUGGGUUACCGCUGUAUAGCCCCCGAUCUCCGUGGUUAUGGUGACACCGACGCGCCACCGUCGCCGGAGUCUUACAGCGUUCUCCACAUCGUCGGUGACCUCGUCGGCCUUCUGGACCAUCUGGGUAUCGACCAAGUCUUCUUGGUUGGCCAUGACUGGGGAGCUUUCAUGGCUUGGUAUUUUUGCAUGUUCAGGCCCGAAAGAGUCAAAGCUUUGGUCAACCUCAGUGUCGCUUACAUUCCCAGGAACCCAGCGAUGAGAUUCUUGGAUGAGUUUAGGGCUUUCUUUGGGGACGAAUUCUACAUGUGCAGGUUUCAGGAACAAGGAGAGAUUGAAAAAGACUUUGCUUCUGAAGACACUGCAACAGUACUAAAGAAACUUUAUACAUCUUUUGGGCCAACUCCUUUACUCAUACCAAAAAAAACAGAAGGAGGAUUCAAGAGUUUAAAAGCUCCAGAUACAUUACCCUCUUGGGUGACAGAAGAAGUCAUCAGCUACUGUGCCAAUAAGUUCAACCAGAAGGGCUUUACCGGAGGAUUGAACUAUUAUCGAGCUUUGAACUUUUCAUGGGAGCUCCUAGCACCUUGGACAGGAGCACAAGUCAAAGUUCCAACGAAGUUCAUAAUUGGGGAUCAGGACACCUUGUACCAUGUACCCAGCAUGAAGGCAUACAUAGAAAGUGGUGGUGGCUUUAAAAAAGAUGUGCCCUUGCUGGAAGAAGUUGUUAUAAUGGAAGGUGUGCCUCACUUUAUCAACCAAGCAAAGCCAGAGGAGAUUAGCUUUCAUAUAUAUGAACUCAUUAAGAAGUUCUGAGUUUAAUUUUCUUUGAAUAAUGUACCAACGUUUUAUUUAUCUAUUCAUCCAAAUUAAGGUAAAACAGAACAGUCAUGAUGUACCUGAAUAAAAUAAUUUUUUAUGCUGAUUGUAUUUUUAGUAGCUUGUGUAUCAUGUUAGUUGUGUCAUGAGUUUUGCUUUGUUAAAAGUUUAAGUGGAGUAAAUUCUCAUCAAAUACUUAUUUAUUGCUUUGGUACUUA